UGGCUGUCUUCAGUUGACAGCUGUUGGUAAGGUGGCGGCGGCAGCAGGCUGGGAGCAAGAUGGCGCUGCGGCCGGGGACCGGAGCUGGCGGCGGCGGCGGGGCCGCGGGAGCUGGCGCCGGGGCCGCCGGGGGAGGCAGCUUCAUGUUUCCAGUUGCAGGUGGAAUAAGACCCCCUCAAGCAGGUCUGAUGCCCAUGCAGCAACAAGGAUUUCCUAUGGUCUCUGUCAUGCAGCCUAAUAUGCCAGGCAUGAUAGGAAUGAAUUACAGCUCUCAAAUGUCCCAAGGACCUAUUGCUAUGCAGGCAGGAAUACCAAUGGGACCAGUGCCAGCAGCAGGAAUGCCUUACCUGGGACAAGCGCCAUUCCUGGGGAUGCGUCCUCCAGGCCCACAAUACACUCCAGACAUGCAGAAGCAGUUUGCCGAAGAGCAGCAAAAACGAUUUGAACAGCAGCAAAAGCUCUUAGAAGAAGAAAGAAAAAGGCGUCAGUUUGAAGAACAGAAACAAAAGCUCAGACUUCUGAGUAGUGUGAAACCCAAGACAGGAGAGAAGAGCAGAGAUGAUGCUUUGGAAGCCAUAAAAGGAAACUUAGAUGGGUUUUCCAGAGAUGCUAAGAUGCACCCUACUCCAGCAUCACACCCUAAGAAACCAGAUUAUCCCACAUCAUCUCAUUCUAAAACUGUCUCCCCAUCACCUGCCUUUCUUGAUGAAGAAGAAUUCAGUGACUUUAUGCAGGGGCCUGUUGAAGUUCCCACAUGUGGGCCUUCUUCCACUUCCCAGCCUUUUCAGUCUUUCCAUCCCACCACCCCACUUGGCCAGUUGCACACACAGAAGGCUGGAGCACAGCCUCUCCCUCCAGGCCCUUCUUUGGAGGAGAAGCUCUUAGUAUCUUGUGAUAUAAGUACAUCUGGGCAGGAACAACUUAAGUUAAAUACUUCUGAAGUUGGGCACAGAGCCCAAGGUCCAGGUUCCAGUAAGAACCAUCCCCGUUUUACAGCCACUGUCAGGGGUGCUGUAGAUGGACGUGUAAGUGGCACCGCUACUGCAGAGGCAGAAAAGACUUCAGAACAAAACCUGCCUGUUGAAGAGAGUGGUGUGGCUGUAUUUCCCUCACAGGAUCCUGUUCAGCCCAGAAUGCCUCCGUGGAUUUGCAAUGAGAGUUUGGUUCCAGAUGCCUAUAAGAAAAUCUUGGAAACCACAAUGACUCCAACUGGAAUUGAUACUGCAAAACUGUAUCCCAUUCUGAUGUCAUCUGGACUUCCCAGGGAAACUCUUGGACAGAUAUGGGCCUUAGCUAAUCGAACCACACCCGGCAAACUUACUAAAGAAGAACUUUAUACUGUUCUUGCCAUGAUAGCAGUAACACAGAGGGGUGUUCCUGCCAUAAGUCCUGAUGCUUUAAACCAGUUCCCAGCAGCUCCCGUUCCAACUUUAAGUGGCUUUCCUAUGACUUUACCUACUGCAGUGAGUCAGCCAACUGGGAUGCCUUCAGGCCCUGCAGGCUCCAUGCCCCUCAACCUUGGACAGCCAGUCAUGGGCAUUAACCUUGUUGGACCAGUGGGGGGAGCUGCAGCCCAGGCUUCCGGUGGCUUCAUGCCAACUUACCCUGCAAAUCAGGUGGUAAAACCAGAAGAAGAUGACUUCCAAGAUUUUCAAGAUGCUUCUAAGCCAGGAUCCCUUGAUGACUCAUUCAGUGAUUUCCAGGAGUUGUCUGCUUCUUCGAAAACAAGUAAUUCCCAGCAUGGAAACAGUGCCCCUUCUUUGUUGAUGCCACUUUCUGGAACUAAAGCAUCAGCUUCAAUGGAUAAAUAUGCUGUGUUUAAAGGAAUUGCAACUGACAAGCCCUCUGAAAAUACUGUUCCAUUUGGAGAGCCUGGUGAUAAAUAUAGUGCUUUCAGGGAACUUGAACAGACAGCAGAGAGUAAAUCUUCAGGAGAAAACUUUGCAGAAUUCAGAGCAGCAGGGACUGAUGAUGGUUUCACCGAUUUUAAAACUGCCGACAGUAUAUCACCACUAGAGCCACCAACAAAAGACAAAACUUUCCCAGCCACCUUCCCCUCAGGAGCUAACCAGCAGAAACCACAAACCCAAGUGAAAACUCCUCUAAACUUAGCAGAUUUAGAUAUGUUUUCAUCAGUUAAUUGCAGCAGUGAGAAACUCUUGUCUUUUUCACCUGCAUUUAGUGCAUCAAAAUCUGUUUCUACACAAGCACAGUCAGUAGGAUCUGCCGCAGCCACGCCAGCGUUGGCAGCAACUAAAUCUUCUAGUUUGGCUGAUGAUUUUGGAGAAUUCAACCUUUUUGGGGAAUAUUCUAGUCCAGCAUCUGUUGGGGAGCAGGAUGACUUUGCAGAUUUUAUUGCUUUCAGUAAUAGCUCUGUUUCAUCGGAGCAAAAGGCAGAAGACAAAUAUGAUGCCCUUAAAGAGGAAGCUAGUCCUGCUGCUGUAACCAGCAGCUCAAGCAACGUAGUGAAGAGUGGACAAAACUCAGCUGCUGCAUCUACCAAAUACGAUGUCUUCAAACAGCUUUCUCUGGAAGGAUCUGGGCUAGGCACUGAAGAACUGAAAGAUAACACUCCUUCAGGAAAAAGUGAUGAUGAUUUUGCCGACUUCCACUCCAGUAAAUUUGCUUCCAUGAACUCGGACAAAUCCCUGGGAGAGAAAGCAGUUGCUUUCAGGCACACCAAAGAAGACUCUGCUUCGGUGAAGUCCUUGGAUCUCCCUUCCAUUGGCGGCAGUAGUGUUGGCAAGGAGGACUCUGAAGAUGCACUCUCUGUUCAGUUUGACAUGAAACUGGCUGAUGUGGGAGGAGAUCUUAAACAUGUCAUGUCUGAUAGCUCUUUGGAUUUACCAACAGUUAGUGGCCAGCAUCCUCCUGCUGCAGAUAUAGAGGACUUAAAAUAUGCUGCUUUUGGAACCUACAGUAGCAAUUUUGCAGUGAGCACACUUACGAGCUAUGACUGGUCAGACAGGGAUGAUGCAUCUCAGGGCAGAAAACUCUCUCCGUUUGUCCUCUCAGCAGGAAGCAGAUGCUCCUCCGCUGCCUCAGUUCUUCAAAAGAAAGAGACUUCGUUUGGCAGCUCUGAAAACAUCACCAUGACGUCUUUGUCCAAAGGCGCAGCCUUCACAAGUGAAGAUGCUCUUCCAGAGACCACUUUCCCAGCUUUUGCCAGUUUCAAAGAUGUGAUCCCUCAGACGGGUGAGGAAAAGGAAUGUGAAAGCAGGGACUAUAAGGACUUUACAAGACAGGACCUGCCUGCCGCUGAGUGGAGCCAAGAGGCCGCGUGUCCAAGCCCAGCUUCCAGCCGCACUUCUCACGACACCCCCAGAGAAUGUUCAGAUGACUUUGGAGAAUUUCAAAGUGAAAAGCCCAAAAUCAGCAAAUUUGACUUCUUAGUAGCCAAUUCACAAAGCAAAAUGAAAUCCAGUGAAGAAAUGAUCAAAAGUGAGCUGGCAACCUUUGACCUUUCUGUUCAAGGAUCACACAAGAGGAGUUUGAGCCUUGGCGAUAAAGAAAUAAGCCGUUCUUCUCCUUCUCCGGCUCUGGAGCAGCCUUUCAGGGACCGUUCCAACACCCUGAGCGAGAAGCCCGCUCUGCCUGUCAUCCGUGACAAGUACAAAGAUCUGACAGGAGAGGUGGAGGAGAAUGAGAGAUAUGCCUAUGAAUGGCAGAGAUGCCUGGGGAGUGCCCUAGAAGUCAUUAAGAAAGCAAAUGACACCUUAAAUGGAAUCAGUAGUAGUUCUGUGUGCACAGAAGUUAUCCAGUCAGCUCAAGGCAUGGAAUAUUUAUUAGGAGUUGUGGAGGUGUACAGGGUGACCAAACGUGUGGAGCUGGGCAUCAAAGCCACUGCGGUGUGCAGUGAGAAGCUGCAGCAGUUGCUUAAGGACAUCGAUAAAGUGUGGAAUAACCUGAUCGGCUUCAUGUCGCUUGCCACACUCACGCCCGAUGAAAAUUCACUGGAUUUUUCCUCUUGUAUGCUGCGGCCUGGGAUUAAAAACGCUCAGGAACUUGCUUGUGGGGUGUGCCUGUUAAACGUGGACUCCAGGAGCCGGAAAGAAGAGAAGCCUGCAGAGGAACAUCCUAAAAAAGCGUUCAACUCGGAAACAGACAGCUUCAAGCUGGCUUACGGAGGACACCAGUAUCACGCCAGCUGUGCCAACUUCUGGAUCAACUGUGUUGAGCCAAAACCUCCUGGCCUCAUCCUGCCUGAUUUGCUCUGAAAAGCUCCUCUAUGAAGUACCAGCUGGGUUGGGGGGGGGGGUUGGGGGGAGGGGUCACACCCAUGGGUGACAGGGACCGAUGAACAGAAUGCAAGUACUGCAAACUUCACCUGUAUUAGUUUAUAUGAAGAAUUCCCCAAUGGGUGGGUGUGAAAAAAGAUGCAGUAGUUUUUAGUCAUUCUUACAGGUGACCUUUGUCCCCUGGGUCCCGCUGCCAGUCUUUGGGAUUUGUGGUAAAAUUGCCCUACCCAAAUUGCAUGUGGGACCCAGGGAACAAAGGUCAUCUGUAGUUUGCUAACUUACCUCUAGUUCUCUUCAGGUGUUUUACAGUAGGGACCACAACUUUCUCUAUCUAAGGAAUAAUUUGCUGCUGCAGUAUUGAAACUGUGAAGAACUGACAUUUGAAGAAAACUAAAUUAUUGUUGUAGGAUUGGAGUUGGCUAGAAUGCUGAGCCAGUGCUUAUUUAUAUCUAGAACAUGUACUGUCUUGUGAAGUAGGGUGCACUUGUCUCCGUUUAGUGUGUGCAUGUCUGAAAUGAAUAAAGAAGGGAAAUUGUGAUUGAAAUGUUCUUUUACAGAAAAAAUUCUGUCCAUCUCCAUUGAACAGUGACAGGUAAGGGCAGACGUACUAACUUUGCUGAAGCAACCGAACCAGUUCUCUACUCUCUUCCUUCAUUUCUAAAACUGUCAACUUUCAAGACUUUUCCUCAUAACUGACCUAAGUACUUAGCAAUGGAGAAUUUUCGUUUGGACAGAGGCCCAAAUCCUUGGUUAGCGAGAUGAAUAUCCUUCUCCUUUGGGGCCUUCACUGGAAACCUUCCGCUUUGCCUCACACGCAGGUUGUGAGCAUGGUGCUGUUUUCAGGCAAUUUGGAAAGACAGCUGAAUGAAAUCUUGUCGCGAUGGCUUCUGUCCAAACUUCCAAAAAUGACUGCAUGGGUCAUUUGACUGCCUGACUUCGCAGCAUCUCUAUGAGCGACCUGAAAAUACGGGCUUAGGAGGUAGAGCUCCUGGCCUAGUGAGGCGAAUAAUAUGAUGUGUGUUCACGGUAAAGGUUACAGAACUUAGAAGCAGUGGAAGAAAACUGUUUCCUUCUAAAAUUCAGAAAGAGCACUGAAUUUUAGAAGGAAAAGGCUCAUGCCUUUGUGGGGGAUUUUGCCACAUAAGCUAAAUGCAUAAAAUCGGGGGGAAGCCACUGGGUAAAGAUGGUGGUGUCCCUGGGAAGAACACGCCCGUCUCAGAUACACAGUGCUGUGAAUGGUUAGUUAUGUGAUUUAUGAAGAGAUUCUGAAUCCUAGUGUUUCAUUUUGUAUGAUUUAUGCUCUCUGACCUAGGCUGUUUUUGUGAACUGAAAAAUUUGGCUUUGCCUAUAAAAUUGCUGCUUUACAUAAUUAAUAGAUUCCUUUCCCUUCUCAGGACAAAACUUGAGGGAAAUGUUUUGUUCCAUGUUACACCUUUUACCAAAAAAAGGUAUAAAGCAUAUUUCAUUAGACAGAGAUUGACGAGGCUUCUGUUUCACCUUACUGUGCACCAGAAUGCAGGGAGGUGCUGAUGAGAUCAAUGUUUUUCUCAUUUGCUCCAAUUGAUAGCAUCUCCAUCUACUAAGGACUGAAACCUUCAGCACCUUUGCCUGCCGCAGGACUAGUGGAGCAGUGGUAACUGUGCACCCGGGACAGUUGCUAGCAGGCUUUUCCUGAGGCCUCUGUGCUCCGUCCGGUUCAGCCUGUGCAGCACCACAGGUUUCAAAGGGCACCCAGAUUCAAGCAGGCUUCUAACUGGUUUUGUUUAUGCCAUCAUAGACCAUAACACAGUCUGUCUUGGCAGGAAGAAUAUCAUUGUUUGACAGAAUGUACACUGCUGAGACUUUCUUUUUUGAAAGUAUGGAUUAUUUUGUCCCAAUGGCCUGUAUCAAUGUUUUUAAAAGUAUGCUCACCUGCUAACCAGACUGAUUUCCAUUCCUAGAUAUAUUCCCUAAUUUCUUAGAUAAAAUUUCUAAUUACUGCUGACCUUCCUGAAUAUGGUAGGUUUAGUGACUCCAUGAGAGGAGGAAGAGGCUUCAACAAACGACAAAGAGGCUUUGCUACGAAAAGUGUUCCUUACUUUCAGUAUCUGUUUAUAGAAAUGUCGUGUUAGAUACCACCAAUAAGGAUGUGGGGAGUGUGGAGUACCAUUGCACUGAUUUUAUUUAUGCAAGUUUAUUAAAAUGACUCAACACUGCAUUCAGUUUCACCUCAGCUCUUGUUAGCAGAGUCCAGUGUCCUUGGAAACGGUAACCAAGGUUACUUAUUUCCAUACUGUGUAUUGUGUUGGCAGCUUCACCCCACUGCUUGAGUGGCAAUUAAUAAGCCCUUCUUUAAACAUUGUUUUGCCUUUAAAUUUUUUAUGGCACAGUGUGUAAUUUUUGUCUGGACAUGCUUACAGUAGAAGUGGCACAGGGUAUACUGGGAUAUGAUCCACGUUGUUUUUCCCGUGGCACUCUAUAGGGGUUGCAUAUUUUAAACUGAGCAUUUCGAGGUUGUGUUUUUGUUUGAAGAUAUCUUCUACUUGCCUUUUAUUUAAUGACAAGUGUGUUCUUAAGCUUCGAAAAGAUUAUAGGACCUUUAUGCUACAGAAAUAUCAAAUGCUCGUCCUACCUGGGAUCACCACAGAAAUUCCUCUGCCUCCUUCUAGGCCACACACCUACCUUUGUGACCAGCUAAUAAACUGACAUUUAGAUUAGAAAGGUGUUAGGCUUCCCUGGGGCUAAGAAUGCUUAGUUAUUACAUCCCAGCAGUGGUGCUUGCCAGAAUUUCUGCAGGAAAUUUCCUUAAUUACUGAGAACAUCUGUUACUAGGUGUUUUCUCACUAUAGGACAGUGACUUUUUUGGACUUUUAUCCAGAGACGAGACUUUCAGAUUGUCUUGGUAUUAAAGCAGCCACGGACUCCACAGCCACAGGACUGUUUUCUUGCUCCUUUGAAUGACUUUUAUUCAUGUGCUGAUAUAACAUCUCAGGUUCCUCUGAUUUUCCAUAGAAACUAUUAACUCUACUGCAGUUUUUCUAUUCAGACAGUAAUGAUGCGUUUAUGAAAGUGGGCAAAUGGUAUGAAACAAGAAAAGGUAGAAUUUGGAUGGAAACCACCUGCUAGAGACCAGGUAAAAUCUGAAAGAUACAAUUUAUAUAAAUACGCAGCCCCUGGCAUUACAUUCAUGGAUUCUUGCCAAAAUAGACCAAAAAUCUAGCAAAUUAUUCCACGUAUAAGCUAGCUACAACCUACCUGCCAAAUGAAGUUAAAAAAAAAAGCACUGUGCCCAGUGGCUGCCCUACCAAGAAGGGGCAGCCUGGCAGUGCCCGGUGACUGCUCAGGAAAUGGAAUCAAGGAGAAGUAAUUAAACCACCAAGUCCCUGAUGAAUUGUAUUGUCAGACUUAUUAGGAGCAGUUGAAACUUUGUCCGGGUUUCAACAGGGGAAGCUAUUGUUAUUUGCUUAUCUCCUGUAUUAACGUUUGGUUUAGGGCAUUUGUGUGUGUUAAUAGUCAGCAAAGGCACACCUUUUGUGGAAAACCAGUUUCUCUGCCGGAGGGUUCAGUUUUGGUGCACUCCAGUUACCAAGAGAACUAGAAACCGCCUUUUAUCAGAGUGUACACUCUCUGCUAUUUUCCACUGUCCCAGCACUGUAAACAGUACUAAUACCUGCCCAUCUGCAAGGAUGUGAAAUGUUGACAUGAUUCAGCUGGGACACCUAUUUUAUGUGAUGUUCAUCAUUGACACAGGAGCCAUAUUUUAACAUAAU